UUAAGAUGAAAAAAAAAUUAUCUGGGAAAAUACAAAGCACAAUAUUUGUAUACACACCUAUAUUUGUGUGUAUUUGGCCUAUCGUCAACAAAUCAGCUGACGAAAUGACCUAUAUAUUUUUCUCAAAAAUUAAAAAGAUUAGGUACAUACGUUACAUCGUCAUUCAACAGUGUUGUUAGUGACUUCAAAUUGUUUCAAUAAAGGCUACUUGACAUUUGGAGGUCAUUGAAAGUAAAGCUUUGUUUUAUUUUUUCUGUCGUCAAGUGGUUGAUAGCGCCCCGGCUGUUUCGAAUUAUCAUUUGGCAUUUGUGCGUCGUCGUAAGAGGAUAAUCAUUUUCCAGGGUGUUUCAAUUUUUAUUGUUAACAAAUUAUAUUUAUAACGAUGAGUAAAAGCGAGCAAACAGUUCCUAAUGCCAUUAAAUUUCUAAUUGGUGGAACAUCUGGAAUGGCAGCAACAUGUUUUGUUCAACCUUUGGACUUAAUUAAAAAUCGUAUGCAGUUGAGUGGCACAAAGACAUCGACCUUAAGUGUAAUAUCAUCAAUCGUUAAAAGUGAAGGCAUAUUGGCUAUGUAUUCAGGACUGUCUGCCGGAUUAUUAAGACAGGCAACAUACACAACUACUCGAUUAGGAGUUUACACAUGGCUUUUUGAGCUUGCAUCGAAAGAUGGACAACCAAGUUUCAUUGUUAAAGCUGCUCUAGGAAUGACUGCAGGAUGUGUAGGAGCUUUUGUAGGAACUCCAGCAGAAGUUGCAUUAAUUAGGAUGACUGCCGAUGGUAGAUUACCUCUAGCGGAGAGACGAAUGUAUAAAAAUGUGUUCGAUGCACUUUUUCGCAUGGUUCGAGAAGAAGGUGUUUUAACACUUUGGAGAGGCGCUAUACCAACUAUGGGACGAGCAAUGGUAGUUAAUGCAGCUCAAUUAGCAUCUUAUUCUCAAGCAAAACAGGCUUUGCUCGACACUGGUUACUUUGAAGAAAAUAUUAUGUUACAUUUGGUAAGUUCAAUGAUCUCAGGAUUAGUAACAACUGCGGCUUCAAUGCCAGUUGAUAUUGCAAAAACUAGAAUUCAAAAUAUGAAAACGAUAAAUGGAAAACCAGAAUAUACUGGUGCUUUAGAUGUUCUGGGUAAAGUAUUGCAAAAUGAAGGAAUUUUUGCAUUAUGGAAAGGAUUUAUUCCUUACUAUGCUCGAUUAGGUCCUCAUACAGUACUCACUUUUAUAUUUCUUGAACAAAUGACAUCUGCAUAUAAAAAGCGUUAUGCUUAAUCAAAUAUUUGAAUAGUUUAAAACUGAUUAAAUGUCCAAAAUAUUUUUUCUAAUUUGCGCUUGUUUCUUUCUUUUGAUAGUUGAUAAAAAUGUUCAUUUAUUAGCUAACUCAAACAAAAAACUAAUAUAUUCUGAAGUGUUUUAAAGCACAAAAUUAACGCCAUAAUUUUUAAAAAUAUGUUCAGUAUCAAUUUAAUCUUUAAAGUGUAACAGUAGAUGAUCAUCAUUUUUCAAGAUCAUAUCAUAUAUUAUGCAAACAAUAAGGCCGAUUCAGUAGUAUGAUUAUUUUUAUGAUAUAUUUUUUGUAAAAUGAAUAUCGUACUAAAACAUUCUAUUCAAACAUUCUCAAAAUAAUUAUCUGAAUCGUCUGGAACGAUUUUAGAUUUAUUGUUGAUAAAUGUGUAAAA